CUUAUCUCCGUGUGUCUUUCUGUCAGUCAACCCGAGGCGCACACACACACAUCAGAGCAUUGGAGACACUACUAGCAAAGGUGAUGAUUAACCCCUUCCCCCUUAGUCCGUCUGCCGUCUGUUCCUACCUGGACUCGUCUGGACUCGCUCGGUGAGUAAAGAAAUGAGCGUGUGAGACCGCUGAACGGUCAGAUGUGCUGAUCUCUCUCUGCGCAACACUUGGAAUUGGAAGAUUUGGACGCCUUGGGAAUCUCGGGACACAAUUUGGAAUAUUCUACAAAAGAAUGCGUUGGAAUGCAGUUUGAUUGGAUUACAGAACUCACCAGUUCCGAUUUUCGAGAAGUAAUUUCAAAGUGAUCGGCUUGAGGGACGACAGACAUUCAACUGAUCUCUACUUGUAUGUGCUGAUGAGAACACGGCGGAACUAUGUCUAAACCUUCACGUCUUGCUCGUCCUUCGCCUGGUUCUAAACUCCCCUCACCUCGACGCGACGCAUGUGCCGGGCGAGCCAGAAUUGUUAGCGUGGGUGAGAAAGUGAUGCGGAUGGGAGGUGAAAGAGACAUAAGUGUCCAGAGGCCUCCGGUUCAUGGAACGACACAUGCACAAACCCACCAAAACACAAAUGUGAAGGAGCAGGACGAGGUGGCCCAGCCGAGGAGCAGAAUGAGCAAAGGGUCCACAGCGACCGUAACCCAGCAACAAGUCUUGGAGCAGAAGCCUCUGAAGGGUAAUCUAAAGGUGACCUCCACAGAGGACGGCGAGCACCUAUCCCGUAAACAGCAGGCUGUCUCCGCUAACAGCCCGGGCAACCGCUGUGAGCCCAAAUCCAGCCGCGCCGGGGUUUCACGCAGACACACGGUGGGCGGAGCGCGCAGCUCGCGGGAGAUCCUGGCCAUGCAGCCCUCAGACAUGGAUAAAAAACGAGAGGCCUUCCUGGAACAUCUCAAGCAGAAGUACCCACAUCACGCCUCUGCCAUUAUGGGCCAUCAGGAACGACUCAGAGAACAGUUGUUUCAGGGGAUGUUGUCUGCUCUUCACUCUGAGAUAAAUAUACAAUCAUAUCUCCUGAAAAUCCAGACGCUUGGUUCCUGCAGAGGCCAGGGCUCUAAGCAGAGCUUGGCGUCCUCAAGCCCCGUGACUGUGUUUGGGGAUCAUUUGGAACACGGCUCUUUGGUGUCUCUGGAUGCUCUGGAGGUCAUGUCUGAGUGUGACGCACCCGUCGCCUUCACCCGCGGCUCUCGGUCCCGAGCCAGUCUGCCUGUGGUCCGCUCCACCAACCAGACCAAGGAUCGGUCACUAGGCGUGUUGUAUCUGCAGUAUGGAGACGACUCAAAGCAGAUCCGAAUGCCUAAUGAGAUAACAAGCGCAGAUACGAUCAAAGCUCUGUUCGUAAGUGCCUUCCCCCAUCAGCUCAACAUGAAGAUGCUGGAGUCGCCCAGCACCGCGAUCUACGUCAAAGACGAGAACAGGAACGUCUAUUACGAGCUCACAGAUGUCAGGAGCAUCAUGGAUCACUCCUGUCUGAAGGUGUAUCACAAAGACCCAGCCCACGCCUUCAAUCACGGACCCCGGCCGAGCAAUGGGGACGCGAGGGUUCACCGGGAGAUGAUGUAUGCUGGACGGGACGGUCACCCUCUCCGGCAGCCUCCAAUGGGCCCCCCGCCACCCCACAUGCAGGGCUCCAUGUCUCCUACCACGCCUCACAAUAUGCCUCCUUCCCCCUCUCGUAUUCCCUUUGGUCCACGCUCAGGAGGUAGUCCCGUCAUUGGUCCUGGAGGUGGUGCCCAGAUGCCACGCGUCGGAAACACACUUCCCGCCCCGGCCCGCUCGGCAUCCCCCUGCCCCAGCGCCAUUCUCGAACGACGCGACGUCAAACCUGACGAGGACGUGGCUGCAAAGACCAUGUCGCUUCCCGCUCGAGUCGAAGGUUAUUACGCGGAUCCCUACAUGUUACACCACCAUGGCCCGCCCCCUGACACGAUAGACCACGCCUACCAUCGCGCCACAAUGCGAUCGUACAGUAACCCUGGCGUUCCCAUGGAACCCGGCGACCAUCAUGCACUGUUCCGUCAAAAAAGCAGGAAGCACACAGAAAGCCAGCUGCCAAUGCUUGGGUCCAAAACCCCACCCGGUUCCCCACACAGGAUGGGCGAGAUAAGAAUGGUGGACAUUCACACUGGCCAACCCCAGGGCUCUGUGACUCUAGAGAGGUCCUCACCUGUCAGACAAUCGUUUAGGAAAGAGGCACCUGUUGCUGUGGAGACCAUGAUCAAGGCAAGAGGUGGCAUGGGCUCCCCGGCAACUCCAGAUCUUCAGGGUCACAAUCCUAUGGCCACGCCAGCAGAUCCUCAGACACGAGAGAGAAUGAAGGCCAUGGAGGAUCAAAUAGCCAGUCUGACUGGUCUUGUACAGCACGCUCUCUUAAAGAGCCACAGCUCUAGCGGCAGCAAGGAACACUCCAGUGAGAAACAUUCAAAGUCCGGAUCACCUGUUCACAGCACAUCCAGCGCAGGAGGUUCUCCAGUAUUACCACCAAAAAUUGCCACAGCACCACCUGAUCGUAGCCCCGCCCCUACACCACUCGUAGGCCCCGCCCCUUUGCAUGUAAACCUUCAGGUGUUCAGGAAGAACGUCUCCGAGCUCCGCUUACAGCUGCAACAUAUGAGACAACUACAGCUUCAGAAUCAAGAGUGUGUGCGUGCUCAUAUAAAGCACGCGGAGCAAGAAAUCAGCAUGAAGCUGGCGGAAGUGCUCAGACGACAGGAUGAUCCUAUACAGAGACAGAGAUCAGCGGUGGAGGAAGAGAGACACCGAUACCUCACCAUGCAGGAGAGAGUUCUCACACAGCUGGGGGAUCUGGAGACAUUCGUGGAGACUCUGAAGACCGAUUCCAGCUCUGGCGUGUCUCAGAGAUCUGUGACUCUGAAGGAGGUAGAGGUGGGAGCUGUGGGUCUGAGGAAGGUGGGAGAGAACCUGACUGGACUGAAAGGUGAGUUUCCGCCGCUACAGUCCCGGAUGCGGGCGGUGCUCAGGGUUGAGGUGGAGGCUGUAAAGUUCCUCAAGGAAGAGCCGCACAAGCUCGACAGCAUGCUGAAGAGGGUCAGAAGCCUCACCGACACAAUCGCCAACCUUCGCAGGUGUGCCACAGAACCCACUGAACCCGUUUCUUCGACACCUUCCACUGCCUCUGAAAAAUCUGAAUCAGCCGUCGCUGUUCAAUCCCUUGAACCUGCUUCAGUCACGCCCCAGACUCUCACUGUAAGGUCAGAGGUCAUAACAUCCAGCCCUGUGUUCAUUCACAAAGCCCAAGUCUCUCCUGUAGCUUCACAAAAAUCCCAGCGGUCAACAGCACCAUCGCCCACUGCAGCCUCGAGAGAGAGACGAGAGUCUACUCCGUCACCCACCAAACAGCUGAAGAAACCCACACCCUCCCUCGAGCACACACAAAUACCACAUAACAGCAGUAAUGGAGUCUCUACUAAUGGCGUACAUGGAAAGGGUCCUUCUCCAAACUUGUUCAUUGAAGAGAUUCAGGCAAACAACAGUAAGACCAAGAACAGGGCUGUGUCUAUAGAGGCUGCAGAGAGAGAAUGGGAAGAGAAGAGGCAGAACAUGGGUCAUUAUGAUGGACAGGAGUUUGAGAGGAUGCUCCAGGAAGCAGAAGCAAAUAUGUUGAGAGGAAUACCAAACCUAGAGGUGCCGGGUGAACUCGAGAGCCGCCCUCCUGCCCUGACAGUGCUUCCUGUCUCCCUGGAGGAGGUGAUGGAGAAAAAUGAGUCAGUGACGGCAUCAUUAGAACAUGAUAACAAUCCGCCCAAACUCAAUUCUGAGAAACUUGUUAAGAGUGCUGCGGAGAAACCCUCCAAACCCUUGGAGAAAUCUAUUAAACCCGCCUUGGAGAGGCCUUCUAAACCCAGCCUUUCCAUCAAGUCCAGUCUAGACAAACAGAAAAAGACUCAGGAAAAAGUUGUCAAACUUCAAAGCACAGAAAAGAUCAACAAGUCCCCUCCUCCUCCUCCACCUCGAAGAACUUACCCCACCACCACCACUGGGAUGACCACCACACGCUCAGGGGAGGUCAUCUACACCAGCAGGAAAGAGUCACAGGAGAGUGAAGAUGAGCCCACCAGUCCAGCAGCUCAGUCUCAACCAAAAACCCCUCCAGAGCCGAAACCUAAACCCAACACCCCUCCUCUCAUCUCUGACUCAGCCAUCACAGAAGAGGAGGACGAGGGAGAUAAAAUCAUGGCAGAGUUGCAGGUUUUCCAGAAGUGCUCUGUUAAGGAGGUAGGGCUCAAAGGUUUGGUAGAGCCACAGAUCAGAGAGCUAAGACCCGGGGCCUUACAGGCCUUUAAAGAUAAGAAGCAUACAGAUAAAGACGAUAAGAAACCAGACACAGAUGAGAAUGGGAACAAUAGACUCCGCCAGAGUCCCGGGGUCAUCUACUACGUCACAGCUCAGAUCUCCAAGGGGACUCCAUCAGCGUCGGAGGAAUCAACAGAGCGUAGGGAAACAUCACAGUCAUCAUCACAGGUGUCACAUCCUUCCGACCGAAACAUGACCAAUUCUGACCAUUCCCAAAACCAGCUGCAUCAAUCCCCAAAUAUACCUGAUGGCUUUAUAUCUAGUGGCCCAGCCAGCUCUUCUAGUACUCUGUCCCAAAAUCAGCCGACCUCAGUCAAGUCAAAUACCUCCUCUCCAAUGGAGGACGUUCCAGGUAGCCCAGCUCAGGGCAAGGUUCAUGUGGUCAAGGCUGCUCAAGUACAGGUUAGCAUAGAAGAAAGGGUAGAGUCUCCAACAGCGAUCUGCUCACGGGUCUCCUUUGGAGACACUGAACCCAUCCUUUCCAACGCCAUCCCUGUUGUGCCAGAUUCGACAAAUCUCAAGCCUAUUCUUGGUUCGUCUAAGAUGAAGGAAAGGAGAUUUGAGGAAAUGGAGCACACUGAUGAGGCCUCUCUUAGUCCUGAUCUGUCAGGAGAAGAGCCUCCUCCUCCUCCACCUGAUAACUUUGCCUUCAUGGUCACUAACACAAAGGUACAAGCCCUCUCCACUGGAGAAUACCAGCAGCUGGUUAGUUCCAAGAUGGGUAGUGUGCAGACUGUAACUGUUGGCAGCAAAAGACCAGUUACCACUGGUAGUGACAUAGCAUUUGGAGAUGCUAAUGCUAACAUUGACUACGCCGCUAAAAAGCCUGUUAUCAUUAUCUUUGAUGAGCCAAUGGACAUCCGCUCUGCCUACAAACGCCUCUCUACCAUCUUUGAAUGUGAGGAGGAGCUUGAUCGAAUGCUUGCAGCGGAAAGGAUUGAUGAGGAAAGUGAAGAAACAGAGGAAGAAGAAUGGAACAAACAAAAUGGGGAUUGUGCAAAAUCUGGACAAGGUAAAAAUUCUCCUGCUGAUAUUAGAGACGGCCCUGCACAUGACUCAUCUUUAUCUGAGGAAGGCUCAUCCGUAGAGAGUGCUGGUGAUGCAAAGCAAGACGGGAAGAAGAAGUUCAAGCUAAAGUUCCCAAAGAAACAGCUAGCAGCGCUAACGCAGGCCAUUCGCACUGGUACUAAAACUGGAAAAAAGACUUUGCAGGUUGUCGUCUACGAGGAUGAGGAGGAAUCAGACGGAACUGUCAAACAAUACAAAGAGACCAAGAGGUUUGAAAUUUCUAGUUCCAAAACAGAGUCAAAUAUACAAAAAUCAAAUCCAAAGGAACCCACCGGACGAUCCAACGAGAUUCGUAAGAGCACCUAUAAGACCCUUGACAGUCUGGAGCAAACUAUAAAACAGCUAGAGAACACAAUUACAGAAAUGGGACCAAGAUCUCCGGAUAGCUCUGAAAACUCGGUGAAUCUUGAAACACAGGACAGCAAAAUUGAAGAAAGUUCAGGGAACUCAGAGAAAGCAUCUCUUCAUAAAACACUGGUUCCCAAGCCUUCCAGCAAAGGGCACGGUCUCCGAAAGAAGCCCAAACCACAUCUCCUUCCUCGGCCUGCCGUCAUACCAACCUCAGGGGUCUCAGUCACACCAGUUCCCACCCAGCAGAAUGCCAGCGUGGUCUCACCAACUAGUCGGAUGCCGGUGCCCGUUUCUGCCAAGCCGAGGCAGCAACCGAGCACCUCAGACAAAGAAAGGGCAACAAAACAGCAAAAGCUUCAGGAUACUCAGAGGCAGUUUCGCCAGGCUAACGGAAGUGCUAAAAGAUCAGGAGGAGAUCCCAAAUCCACUUCUCCUACCGCGCCUGCUUCUAAAAUUCCCGCUUUUUCCUCUAGUCCAGGAAAAGGCGGGUCCCAGACUGAUUCUACUAACAUUGUUAAUUCUUCCUCCCCUUCAUCUUCCUCUGCUAGCAAAUCCUCCAUCCCUCCCCCUCGAUCCAGCUCCUCCUCUCAUAUCCCCUCCCUUUCUAAUGGUUCUCUUAAAUAUGCCCCUCCCACUCACAGCACUAAAGGCCUUUCUAUUCCAAUGCAGACACAAAACGGUCGACCUUCUUCCUCUUCUUCUUCCUCCUGUUCCCACUCUCCCCUGUCUCCGACUAUGUUAAGUCAGAGUGCGAAGAGUAUCCGCACCAUUCACACCCCCAGCUUCACCAGCUACAGUCGGCAUCACAACGGGAAUGCCGGUAAAUCAGCUAUCCCGACGGUUACCGUCGCUAAGGAUGCUGCAUAGAAUGCUUGGCUGCUCCGCUGCCAUUUCUUCAUCCUUUAGUGAUUAAGAGUCACUCCUGAUUUUGCGUAGAUUCAUUUUCUGUAUCUGAUUUUAUUUGUUUUGUCUGGUUGUUAAAAGUUUUCAGAGUAAACAGAGUGUUUUUUUGUAACAUGAUUUCGGUUAUCGCAUGGUCAUCCCAAUAUCAUCAAUAUUUGUUCAUAUUCACUUGUACAGCUAAAGAACUUUUACCCCAAGUUAUCCAUUUUGAACUUGAAUCUCUGCACAUCAUGAUGACAAAACAGUUUGGUCCUUAAAAAAUAAAUGGAAAUCUAGUUUGUAGCAGAGAGUAUGCUCAUACAUUUUCUAGAGCACUUCAUUUGAAAAGAGUAUUUAUUUUUCAUACAAGUUGAAGAGAGACGAAUAAAAGAAAAAAGUAUUGCACAUCGUGCAAGUGGGUCAACAGUAUGUUGUUUAUAUGUGGCCUAUAAUGAUUGUAGAAUAUUUUUAUCUUAUUUCCUUGGUUGUAGCCAUAAUACAUAAAUCAAGUACUGUAAGUAUACUAACCAUUAGCACAAACUGACUUUUACAUUGUGUUUUUUUACUAUCAUGCACUGCCAAUGUCUUUAAGAUUUAUUAUUAUAAAACGACAACCGUUUUUCAAAUGAACAGUUGUCUGUCUUCAGUAGUUGUGCCUAUUUGCCAAAGUUUGUUAUUUACAUACAUGACUAUAUAUACUGUGUUAGACACUAUAUGUACAUUUAGGAUAGGUUAUACUGUUCCUGGCUAACCUGCCUAUAUCACAAACCCUUGAUUUAGUCAGUCUAUGCCUCUGAAAUGAAUACAUAUUGAUGUCUAAAUGUAAACUAAAAUUGUAGUGAUUGAUAAAACUGCUCUCUACUUUACAUGUAAAUACUGCAACAUCUCUAUUUCAGAGAUUGUCUUUAGUUUUGUUAACAUAUUGUACCAAAGUUCAUUUCUAUGCAUGCCUAGAACUGUAGAAAGAGAAAGAAAAUAACAGACGAAAAUCAUGCUUGCACAGACAGAUUUUGUAAAUAAAUGUUUUCUUUGUUUGUAUAGCUUUAAAUGCAGAAGCAAACUGUGCAGAAGAUUGUAGUUAUUGAAUCAAUAAAGGUUUGCAUGCUUGUCAUUCA